GUCAAUGAAAAAAAACCUAUCUAAAUAAAACCCUUAUCGAUCUAUUCUUUGCCGCAUAAAUUAGAAUUCAGAAACCCAAAUCUGGUUGAAUACCAGUCGAUCUUAAUCAAACCACCGAUGUAUCGAUCUAUACCGUUGUCCCACCGUCUCCCUGACGAUCUCGUCUACGACAUCCUGACUCGGCUGCCAGUGAAAUCCUUAAUCCGAUUCAGGUGCGUUUCCAGAUCUUGGUACUGCACAAUCACCGACUCCGAUUUCAUUACCAAACACUUAGACCGAGCAAACUUAUUAUCCAAUAGCCACAAUGGUUAUCUGUUAUGCAAUCCAAGUAUUAGAAAUGGUCAAUAUUCAUCUUGCGAUUAUUUGUGUACGUUUGUUUGCAAUACCGACCGCACAUUGACGGAGAUUUCUAGGUUUGAAUUUCCUUCUAAUGAUGAGCGCUUUUUGGUUGGUUUCUCUAAUGGCAUUAUCUGCCUAGCUAAUUAUGACGAAGAAUUUAGUCACAUAUUAUAUUUGUGGAAUCCAAGUAUUAGAAAGUUUAAGAAGCUUCUAGCACCUCCUACUUCCUUGAUUGAGCCUUUUCAUGAAUCUGCUGCUUUUGGUUUUGGCUAUCAUUCUCAAAACAAUGACUACAAGAUUCUGAGAUUGAGAUCUCUGUAUAUUUGGAUCGAUCGCGGAGUAAAAGUUCGGCCUGCUGAGGCUGAGAUUUACACAUUGAGUACGGAUUCGUGGAGAAGGGUUGUGAUAUCGGUGGAGUCAUUUUGUGGGACUGGAUCUAAUGAAUCAGUUGAUUUUAUUGAAUCGUCACUCUGUUUAUUCUUUAAUAGAGCUUUGCACUCUAUAGCAUCUUCUUGGGGUCAUAGAUUCAUUUUGUCAUUUGAUGUCAAUGACGAGAGAUUCCGUAAGAUAUUGCUGCCUCCAAAUUACUUGGAUGGAGUUGCUGUGGAUGCUGAAAAUCUUGCAGUAUUCAAGGGAUCGCUUGCUUUGAUUGUUUUCGGUGAAGAUGUAGCUGAGAAUAGUAACGUAUGCCACAUAUGGGUGAUGAAGAAGUAUGGUGUGGUCGAGUCUUGGACUAAAAGAAGUGUACCGAUGGCGAUGGUGGCGAUGGGAGAAGUUGAACGCCCUUUUGGCUGUACCAUCAAUGGGGAACUUCUGAUUGAGAAGUAUGGCCCCACUCAGAGCCUUGCAUUUGACCCUGACAGUUUAAAUGAGGAAAUUCUUAGAAUUCCAGAGGCUGCAUGUAUGAUUUACACUGCUAAUUUUGUGGAGAGCCUGGUUUUACUUGAUGGGCUAAACAUCUCAUCUCAAUCAGAAAAUUAGUAAGUUGGAGUUUCUAGCAAGGUAGUCAUCUUUUUUAAGUUCAUAUUGAUAACUAAUUUGUUUUGUGGUAUUGUAUUCAGCUGCUAGAAAGCUUUGUUAUCUACGUGCUUUGAAUAAAAUGAAUCUGUUACAAUCUUGUAUUAUCUCUGGGUUUGUUCUAGGCAUGAAAGUGUUGCUUUUGAUGUAGAAAUCUAAAAUUUUUAUUAAAAAGAAAUGGAGCUCUUUGGGGAUAA